CCUAUUAUAAAUUUACACUCACCGCUCUCAGAAUCUACCAGAAAAUCGACUAAUCUCCCAACCAUGGCGGUCGUGAAACUGUUCGGAGCUAGGCCUAGUCCGUACUGUUACUGAGUAAUUUGGGCUCUGAAACUCAAAGGCAUGGCUUACGAAUACAUCGAACAAGAUCUCUUCAACAAGAGUCCUUUGCUUCUUCAAUAUAAUCCAAUUCAUAAGAAGAUCCCGGUACUCCUUCACGACGACAAACCCAUCUGCGAAUCCACCGUCAUCCUUCGAUAUAUCGAUGAAAUUUGGCCGCAAAAUCCCUUGCUGCCGGGUGAUCCCCAUGAGAGAGCCGUUGCCCUGUUUUGUAUCAAAUUUGCUGAUGACAAGCGCUCUCAGAAUCUCUGAAUUAAUCUCCAAACCAUGGCGGUCGUGAAAUUGUUCGGAGCUUGGUUUAGUCCGUACGCUUGCAGAGUUAUUUGGGCUCUGAAACUCAAAGGCAUACCUUACGAAUAUAUUGAAGAAGAUGUCCGCAACAAGAGUCCUUUGCUUCUUCAAUAUAAUCCAAUUCAUAAGAAAGUCCCGGUGCUCGUUCAUGACGGAAAACCGAUCUGUGAAUCCACCGUCAUCCUUCAAUAUAUCGAUGAAAUUUGGCCGCAGAAUCUCUUGCUGCCGGCUGGUCCCUAUGACAGAGCUGUUGCUCGGUUUUGGAUCAAAUUUGCGGACGAUAAGGGUUAUUUAAUGUCAAAGCUUUAUCAAGCCGAUGGCGAAGAACAACAGGCGGCAGUGAAGGAGUGGUUGGAAAUGUUGGAAGUCAUGGAAGAACAUGCGCUGAUUGGAGUGAAAAAGUUCUUUGGCGGAGACGAGAUAAACAUGGUGGACAUUGCAUUUUCCUUUGUUGCUCACUGGCUUGGGGUUCUCGAAGACGUAGUAGGGCUUGAAAUCUUUGAGCCACACAAGUUCCCUCGAGUGAGCUUGUGGAUCCAAAAUUUCAAAUCAAUCCCUGUAAUCAAAGACAACUUGCCUGAUACCGAUAAGAUGUCUACUUUCUUGAAGCUUGGUAGAGAGAUGAUGUUGACAUCAAAAUUGAAUUAGGGUUUGGACACUUGUGUUCUUUUAUGGAAGGUUUUCAAAAUUCAAACUGAUCAAGUCACUACUUUGUUAGUUCAAUAAUUUUGAUCAGUACAAAUACUAAGAGAGUGGAGAGAAAGAUGAAGUUAUCAUCUUCCUCAUUUUGUUUGGCCAUCCAAAGCUGAAAAGAAGGAAAAACAUAUUUGUUUUCUUUUCCAUUUUAAUCCAAAAUUAAUCACCGGAAUUAAAUUCUUUCCUUAA